CACAGAGAAAGCCCACCCAGUCCGCAGCAUAUUCUCGAACCACCCCUCCCCGACGGCUCCGCCCCCUGCUCCCACGCACCGGCGCCGCCACCCCCUGCUCCCACGCGACGUCGGCCGCCGCCCCCCUGCUCCCACGCGCCGCCGCCCCCUACUCCCACGCGCCGCCUCCCUCUCCCCGACGGCCGGCCGCGUCCCUUACCCCAGCGUCGGCCUCCUCCUUCCCCCACGUCGACGAUGGUCGCCUAGUGGAUGCAGACCGUCUUCUUCCCCGCCGCCGGCCACCUCUUCCCCUUGCUCCGGCCGCCUCCUUCCCUCCCUCCACUGCGCGCCUCCUGCUGGAUCCCGCCGUCGAGCGCGUCGGCCGCCCUGGCCACAGCCGUGCCUCGUCCUCCCCCGCGGCUACCCCCGCCAGGGGCUUCCCAGCUCGCCGGAUCCGCUGGGCGCACGCGUUCCUCGCCGCCGUGAGUGUGAGGUCCGGCCGCCGCCUCUGCUCAAAACUCCACGCACGCGAGGGCAUCCCAGCUGUCGUGUCUUUAGCUGCGGUUCAACAAUAAAACUAGCAGCAGUCCAUGCAUCCGUCUUACCUCUUCCCUCUCUACUGCUCUUCUCCCGCUAAUUUGUUUUUUCUCGGAACUGCAGCACAAGGGAGGUUGAACGGGCUGCAGAAUGCGGGUUCGGUUGCCGCUGCGUCCAGCAGUCCAACCCCGUCGCCCCAGGCCGUCCAGCGACCUGUCGGGCUAUGGUAUUCUGUUGCAAGUCGGCGAACAACAUUAGCGACCGUACUCUCCAACCGCCCCAUGGUACGGCCGGCGACAACGAGUAGGUGGCAAGUGUACCACAGCGAGCAACGGGACAGAGCAUCCAUGCAUCCAAGUCGAGCUCUGACCGCAGUCCAAGUGGAACUGCGACCACCAUCUUCACCCAGCGCUGCACCCAUUGAGCACCCACACAAGACGGCAUGCUCCACUUGGCUUCAACUGCACCGCGGGCCUGCUCCACUUGUCUUCCACAGCGCCACCGGCAGACAAGCCUGGAUGCCGUCGUCCGAACCGCCGCACUGCCCAGCUGCAACGCUCCUGCAGCCACCAUCCGGCGGCGCACGGUGCUCCAAGCACGUCCUGUGGAUGCCUCCUCCUCUUGCCUACUCCCUGCGAAGCGCCCGACCGUCUCCCUUCUUCCCCGUCCAUCCAGGUAUGGUACUCACACCAGUUCAAGUAGUGAUGUUGUGACAAGUACAGCUCCUCCCCUGUCAAGCUUAGUGAGCCAAAAAAGAGCAUCUUGAUGGAUGAUUGCUAGCUCGCUUCAUCAUCGGCUGAAAUGCGUAUGUAUAUGACUCGUGCUAUGUUUAGCAAGUUGCUGCCGGAUGCCUUUUCAAUUCUCUACUGGUUUGAUGUCUAAAACCUUUUGUACAGUUUCUGCUUUUGCUUUUUGGAUCCUUUUUUCGAAAUGAAAAUUACAGUUGAAGGAAGAUUGAGGUUUAAAGUUCAGAGACGUUUUGAAUAAAAGUUAUAGUGUAGUAGCAGAAAAACAUAGGGUAGGUCUUGUAGUUUUAAACUUUUGGAUGUGUAUGUCAAUUUUCAGUCAAGUAGCUUUUCAGAUCAAAAUUAUGUACCUUCAGUCGCUAUAUUGCUCAGUUCAUGUGCAACCAUUGGAGGAGUUCGAAAAA